GUUGUGAUUUGAGUGAGGUGGAUCAGUUUGUAAAACCCUCGCCUCGCCUCUCCGAUACAUUGGAUCAGACGGUUAUAAAGCAAGAUGAAAGUCAUCCUGAGUUAUGGGAUCAUAUUGUUGCUUCUCACUGGCUGUCACACAAAUGACAUAUUUCUACAGAAAUCUGCAGCCUUUCAGCUCCUGUCUCGGGCCCGCAGAGCUAACAGUUUUGGAGAGGAGAUAAAAGCUGGGAAUCUGGAACGAGAGUGCUCGGAAGAAACGUGCUCAAAGGAAGAAGCCCGAGAAAUUUUUGAAGAUGAUACUAAAACAGAACUAUUCUGGGAAGUAUACACAGCUGAGCCUAAAUGUAAUUCAACCACCUGCCUAAAUAAUGGGAUCUGUCGGACUACCUACAGUGGAUCAUAUUGUAAAUGUCCCGGAGGAUUUAAUGGAACCUUCUGUGAAACAGAUAUCAAUGAGUGUGACCUCAUGGACCCAUGCCCACCAGGAACAACUUGUGUGGAUGGAAUCAACAAGUUCACCUGCAUUUGUCCAGCUGAAGGGUGCACUCCAAGAUCGGUACCAGACAGCGAAGGAUUCCUUCUAGAUUUUGAUUCAUUCUAGAUUUUGAAUAAAUAUUUUCAAUUAAGUGUGGAGAUGAGCUUGAAUCGGUAAAACCAAACAGUGAUGCAGGCUCUCGACCCGAAACGUCGACCAUCCCUUUGUCUCCACAGAUGCUGCCUGACCCGCCAAGUUCCUCCAGCAGUCUUGUUGUUGCUCCAGAUUCCAGCAUCUGCAGUCCCUCGUGUCUCUAAAAUCAAUCAUUGUCUAUGUUCACCUAUCUCUUCAAGUUCUGCUGAUUAGACUGGAUUCUAUGAAACCCAGUGAUCAGUAGUUGUUUGACAUAUGAAUUGGUUCUUAUGCAAUGACUUUAAAAAAUAGUUCCAAAAUGUUACCCUUUAAAGCAACACACUGCAGAUUUUGCAAUAGAACCAGUAUCAAGACUUCUUGCAUAAAAGUAAAAUACUACAGAUGCUGGAAAUGUGAAGUAAGGAAAAGAGAAAAUGCUGUAAACAUUCUGCAGAUCAGGCAGCACCUGUAAGAACAGAAAGAAUGCAAAAUAUCAGGUUGAUGACUUUUCAUUCUGAUGAAAGUUCAUUAAUCUGAAAUGUGGGGCCAGAUCUUGCUGCCCUGCACCUGUCCGUGCCCUCUGUGCCUGUACUUACCACUGAACGUGCUGUUCAAGAAAUGCGACACCAUCUCCUGUGACACAGAGUCUGAGGCAUGCCCCAAAUCUGUCAAUAAUCCUGGAGCUUCUAUGUUUGAGAGCACACGCUGAAUUCCCAGAAUUGCCACCACUUAACAUGGAACAUAGAACAGUACAGCACAGGAACAGGCCCUUUGGCCCACCAUGUCUGUGCCGAACACAAUGCUGAACUAAACUAAAUCUCUUCUGCCUGCACAUGAUCUAUAUCCCUCCAUUCCCUGCAUAUUCAUGUGUCUGACAGCUUCCUAAACACCACUAUCGUAUCUGCCUCCACUGCCUCCCCUGGCAGCCCGUUCCAGGCACCCACCACUCUCUGUGUAAAAAAAAUUUGCCCCGCACAUCUCCUUUAAACUUUCAUCCUCUCACCUUAAAACUAUGCCCUUGAGUAUUUGACAUUUCUGUGCCACCAGAGUGCCAAUUUAAAGGAUUAUGUGCUGUUCAGGACCACUAUCAGCCCAUUAAUCCUCCCUCCACAGAUGCUCCCAAACCAUCUGAGAACUUUCAAUGAGUUUUGUUUUAAUUUCAUCAGAAUUCUAAAUGUGUAGCAUGGUAAUGUGGAAUCUUUGCUCACUUUAUAUUUUACUAUUGUUGAUUUAAGUAAUGUAAGGUUUCCUUUAAAAUCAACCACAAUGCAAUGAAGCUUUUCUGGAAAUAUUAUCAACUACUUAUUGCACCUUUAUUGUACUCCACAUCCAUAAUUUUGUCUACCCCAGAUGAAGAGUGUGACAAUCCAAAUUAUUCUGGUGUGCUUAAAUAAAUCUUGUUUUGUUUCCAAUCAAA